CUGCAAGUCACAGCUAGUGCUUCAUUUGAAGGGAUCAAAAAGUUGAAGAAAACACUACAGUUGUGGAUCACUGGGGGGGUUCAGUGCAUCAACAAGCGCCCUUAUAUAAACAAUGUAAUGCAUUGCAAUACAAAUAAAUGAACCAACACCUCUGCCAGUCUCACUAUAAAUUUAACAAGAUUUAUGAUAUGAUGAUGUGUCUUUCUUUUUUUAAACAAAUACAUUUUAACCGUGUACAUCUUGUCUCCUGUGGUAGGAUAUAUGUUAAAAAAAAGUCACGAGUAGAGUCCUGUCUGUCUCUUAACAUGAGGUGCACUUGUUUUGGAAUUUGAUUCGCCAAGGAAGCUGCGGAGGCCCCGCCCGCCGCUCAGCGCCGCCUCCUGAUUGGUCGCCGCCGUCGCCUGUCUCGGGGACAUCAGGGGAGGCACGAGUUGGCCCAUAAGCCUGCGCUCGCGAGUCAUCAGUGUCGGACACGUAGUGGGAACGAGCAGGUCCCGAUGCACAAGUCACGGCAACCCUCGGUGGAGAUGAAGGCGGACUCCGACUGGCUCUGAUUUUUAAAAGCCCUUUUCAUUCAGGAGGUUGGUUGCCAAUGGUUAUCAAUAUGGCAGAGCCGUUAUCCCAAGCACCCACCGCUGCAAAAAUGGCGUCACUUAACCGGGUCCGAGCUUUGGCGAUGAUUUUCUUAACUGUCACUGGCUGUUGUGUCACCCCGACAAGUGGCAAGGAAGGGUCCGAGGAGACCGUCAUCAUAGGGCUCCGACUGGAGGACACGGACGACAUUUCCUUCAUGGAUAAGGGCUACCUGCGGGUGAGUGAGCGGUCUCGGGUGAAAUUAAGGGUGUACGGGCAGAACAUCAACAACGAGACCUGGUCCAAAAUUGCUUUCACGGAACAUGAGCGGAGCCGGACGGUAGGGAGCCUUGACAGCUCCUCGGGGGAUAACCAGAGCCAGGAGGACUCGUCCGGCUUGCAUCCCUGCGGUAUUAGGACUUCGGAUAUAAUUAUAUUGCCCAACAUCAUCCUGAAUCGAAAGACGUCCGGAAUAGUUGAAAUCGAGGUCAAACCUCUGCGAAAGACGGAGAGGAGUAAAUCGUAUUACCUUUGCAUCGCCACCACGACGCCGGCCGUGCCCGGGAUGCACGACCCGUGGACGGAGAACACCUGGAUCUACCACGAUGGGGAUGACACCAAAGUGAUAGUGGUGGAGGAGAAAAAGUUUCUGCUGCCUUUCUGGCUCCAGGUCAUCUUCAUCUCCAUGUUGCUCUGCCUGUCGGGCAUGUUCAGCGGCUUGAACCUGGGGCUCAUGGCUCUGGACCCCAUGGAGCUCCAGAUAGUCCAGAACUGCGGCACGGAGAAGGAAAAGAAUUAUGCCAAAAAAAUAGAGCCGGUCAGGAGCCAAGGGAAUUACUUGCUUUGCUCGCUUCUGCUCGGGAACGUGUUGGUGAACACCACGCUGACCAUCCUGCUGGAUGAUAUCGCCGGCUCGGGGUUGAUCGCGGUGGUCAUGUCCACCAUUGGAAUAGUCAUUUUUGGAGAAAUCGUGCCCCAAGCCAUCUGCUCCAGACACGGCCUCGCUGUGGGCGCCAACACCAUAUUCCUCACCAAGUUCUUCAUGCUGCUCACCUUCCCCGCUUCCUACCCGGUGAGCAAGCUGCUGGACUACCUUCUGGGCCAGGAGAUCGGAACCGUGUACAACCGGGAGAAGCUUCUGGAGAUGCUGCGCGUCACGGACCCCUACAACGACCUGGUGAAGGAGGAGCUGAACAUCAUCCAGGGCGCGCUGGAGCUCAGGACUAAGACCGUGGAGGACGUGAUGACCCCCCUGAGAGAUUGCUUCAUGAUCCCCGGGGAUGCCACCCUCGACUUUAACACCAUGUCCGAGAUCAUGAAGAGCGGCUACACGCGCAUCCCGGUCUACGAGGGCGAGAGGUCCAACAUAGUGGAUCUGCUCUUUGUCAAGGACCUGGCGUUCGUGGACCCGGAUGAUUGCACACCGCUCAAAACCAUCACAAAGUUUUACAGCCACCCGUUACAUUUUGUGUUCAAUGACACCAAGCUGGACGCAAUGCUGGAGGAGUUUAAAAAAGGAAAGUCCCACCUGGCCAUAGUUCAGAGGGUGAACAAUGAGGGCGAGGGAGACCCUUUCUACGAGGUUCUGGGUAUUGUCACCCUGGAGGACGUUAUUGAAGAAAUCAUCAAGUCAGAGAUCCUGGACGAGACAGACUUGUACACUGACAACAAGACAAAGAAGAAAAUCACCCAUCGGGAAAGGAAGCAGGAUUUCUCGGCCUUCAAGCCUACCGACAAUGAAAUGAAGGUUAAAAUAUCACCUCAGCUUCUGCUGGCUACCCUGCGUUUCCUAGCAACAGAGGUCGAGCCAUUUGCACCGGUACAAAUGUCAGAAAAGAUUCUGCUGCGCUUGUUGAAGCACCCCAACGUCAUCCAGGAGCUGAAAUACGAUGAGAAAAACAAGCGGGCGGCAGAGCACUACCUCUUCCACAGGAACAAGCCCGUGGAUUAUUUCAUCCUCAUACUGCAGGGGAAAGUUGAGGUGGAGGCAGGAAAAGAGGGGAUGAAGUUUGAAGCGGGGCCGUUCUCCUUCUAUGGGAUGAUGGCUCUCACAGCCUCGCCAGUGCCCCUCUCCCUGUCUCGUACAUUUGUGGUCAGUAGGGCUGAAUCACUAGCAGGAUCUCCAGAAAAUAAAUCUCCUCCACGGCCGUUUGGACUCAACCACUCAGACUCUCUGAACAGGAGUGAUCGCAUUGACGCCAUCACCCCGACUCUCGGCAGCAGCAACAACCAGCUCAACUCCUUCCUGCAGAUCUACGUACCUGACUACUCUGUCAGAGCCCGUUCAGACCUGCAGUUUAUAAAGGUAACACGCCAACAGUACCAGAACGCCGUAAUGGCAUCACGGAUGGACAAAACGCCCCAAUCGACAGACAGUGAGUUCACUAAGAUCGAGCUCACGCUGACGGAGCUCCAUGACGGAGUGGAGACCCCCGCCGUCGUCACCACUACAGCGAGCACCACUAGCACCACCCCCGCCGUGUCUGUAGUCGUGGCCAAUGAGACGUCCCACCUGCUCAACCAGCAGCAGAACUGUGUGGGCCUCAGCAGGAGCAACCACAGCGCCCACAACGAGGGACCCAUCUAGUCCCCGCCGAGCUCGGUGGAGACCCAGAACCUCCACCCUGUCUCGUGGGCACACACGGUGGCGUAGAUGGAGGUGAGGGAAAGUGGGGAAGCGGAGGCGGGUGGAGUGACGGUUGUGCUCCAACCAGUAGCCCCCAGUCAGUCAGUCAGUCAGUGAGUCAGUGAGACCCUUUCAUGGAGGGGCAGUGGGGAAGACGGGUGCUGUGUCACCCUGAACACCCCCACCUGAACGCUGUCAGAAUCCCUGCUGUACUACACCCUCUUACAGAGGGUACACUCGGACAGUACCUGUGACUGAGCUUCUUUUUGGGACAAUCUGACACUUUCAUAGCGGUGACUUGGACUAGAGGAUAACAGAGUGCAUGCAAACCCUGGCCAUCCUUCCCCCCCCCACACAAACACACAAACACAAACACACACACACACACACACACACAGCAUAACAAAACACUCGCUGUAUUUUGUCCUCAGGCCAAAGACUUUGGUCCCCCCUUCUUACACUGGACACAGACUGUUUUUGCACACACACAUAUAUAUUCACAGUCACACCCCCCCCCCACACACACACACAAAAAUGCAACUCCCUUACCCGUGCAUCUUUCAGGGAGGCUCAGUCAACUGUUGAUCCAAUCAGCGAAGACUCAAACCCAAACAAGCAGAGAGCAACGGUUGGUCAAAGACUGCCCCAAAAACCGCUUUGAAAGAAACAGUUCAACCACGAACCAAGAAUGUUUUCCUGUAUUUAUUUAUUUUAUAAUAUUGUAUAUAUAUAUGUAUGCGUGGAGACAUGAUAUGACAUAAACUGGCAUACGAGCAUGCACGAGCAUGUACACAAAGGUGUGCGUGGGGCACACAUGUCAUAUCAAAAAGGACAUGCUACAUAUAGAGACGAACAUCCAUUCAUGUAUAUGAGGAGGUGAGGGUCUUUUACAGAUACAGUAUGUAUAUUACAGAUCUUGUUAUUUUUACUAUUAUCCUAAAUCAGGCUUAUGGUACACUAUCUUUUUCACCUUUAAAAAAAUCACACUAUUGCCUUUAAGAGAAAUCAUAUAAUUAAUUAUUUUAACAAAGUGCAAUGAACCACAAUUUAUUUAAGAAAUGAUUAUGAAUAAAAAAAAAAUCACUGUAUUAUAAAUUGACAGAUAUAUUUGUAUGUAUGUACUGUAUGUAUAUGUAUAUUUGUUUUUGAAAAAUGCUACACUGCAGCCAUCCACAAGCAAAAUUGUCCUUAGUCAGUCUCUCUUUCUCCUUGUCUCUUUCAUGUUUUUGCAUCCUUUGACCUCAAACACGUCUACUAUGUGUUCAUAUGGGAGUCAUGAUGCCUAGAGGGGGGGUGGGAUGGGGGAUGGGUUACUGGGUGUGCGAAAGUGCCAACACCUAUGCCUGUGGAGGUUAUGUGUCUUUUUUUUUUUUGCCAAUUUUACACAUAAUCAAACUUGAUAAUUGCACAGUAUUAAUGACCUCAUCUAACAUGUUGAGCAUCAUCAACGUCACAAAAAGUAACCUCGACAUUAAACAUGUCCAUGAAUGAUACACACCUAUGCUUUUCCACUGUUUAUGUGUGUGAACAAGUUUUCUUUUUUUCUUUUUUUUUUUUUGCACGUGUGCUAUUUGCAUGUUUGUGUCUACAGAACAUAGCCCGGUGAUUCAGUUCAUAAAGGCUAUUUUUGGACGGCAGUGAAUGUGAAAGAGACUUUAGACUUUACUUGUUUUGGCUCCCCACACAACGUAGAUUAUAAUCCAUGUUUAAUAAUUCUUGUGUUAAUUCAGAUCAAAAUCUAAAAUAUUCUUCACCGAUGUUGGCUGCUAUUAAAGAGAGAUAUUUAUAUUGAUUUCAUUUUAUCUUAGAAACACUGUAGCCAUAUAUGUUUAUUUCUUUCACAAGUUCAAGAACACAUAAUUAAAGAAUAGUUUGACAUUUUGGGAAAUACGCUAAUUUGCAUUCUUGCUGAGAGUUAGACGAGAAGAUCGAUGCCACUCUCGUAACCCUGCGCUAAAUGUACAGUCUAGAGCCAGCAGCUGGUUAGCUUAGCUUAGCAUUAAAAAUGGAAAUAGCGAACUGGCUCUUGUUGUGAUUUUUACGAUUGGUUAUAACCCGCUAUUUCAUGGAUUUCAUAGAGUAAUUAGCAAGCUAUGUUUUUUUUAUCUUCAGCCGGAGCAAAGUUAGUUGUUUCUCCAUGUUUUUUUCAGUCAAACAGAUUUAAUGUCUCCUGGCUCCAGCUUUAUAUUUCUACAUCCAUGACAGUGGUGUCAAUCUUCUCUUGGCAAGAAAGCAAAUCAGUGUAAAUGUCAAACUAUUCCUCAAAGACUUUUUUUGUUUUGUUUUGUUUAUUUGCUUUAGUACCUUCUUGCCCUUAUUGUUUUACCUCAUAAAGACAGGAAUGAGUUUUAAGAUACUGUAUGUGUGCUUGAAAUUUUUCCUAUAUAAGUCUUCGUGUAGAAUUGUUCUGUUUACUUCAUAUCUGUAGGGGCGUAGAUUUUAACUCUUUAACUAUGACAUUACUUUGAUUUCACUUUCAGGCCUGUUCAUUAACAUUAUAUGUACUGUAUGCUGGCAAUUUUCUUGCCACCUUACAGGCAACAUCAGUGUCCUAAAGCUGAAUGCCUUUUCUUUAAUAUUCAGUUGCCGUUUGUAACCACUGGUGGUCGCUGUUUCCACAUGUGACAGCCUCUGAAAACAGCACACACGGACAAACAGCCCUUCCAUCUGUUCAGCCAUGAGGGGCGUCUCGGUUGUAUAACCAGACACAGAGUACGUCUGCAUAGUUUGCAGCUGUGUUCGCUGUUGUUUAUUGUUUACUUGAAAAUGCUCCUAUGCAGCAGGCCCGCUCUGCUCUGCAGGGACAAUCACUCCAGAGAUAAAGCAAUGAAUGAUGAUCAGAUUGUAAGAUUGUGCUUGUGACAUUCGUACUCUGCUUUGCUUUACAAGCCGGUGGAUCUCAGUGCCUGACAGGAGAACAAGAAGCAAAAGUCCAAACGCACAACAGGAAACACUGGGGGGAAGGAUCAGCUGGGACUGGGUUAUUUCAAUAUUCUGUUAUACACCACUUAACACACACACACACACUAUUUUCUUUCCCCCUCUGACACACUCUAUCCUCCAUACUGAACACAGAUUAUCAUCCUUCCAUUAUGUGAAUGCUUUGCAGGCCUGUGUUUAACUGGUCUCCUGUCCAUCCCAAUGCUGCUACUGUACCCAUAUGCUGUCCAUAAUGCUUCUUCUUCCUGAAGAAAACAUUCCCAUUGCCUCCACCAGCUGGUGGUUUAAUAAAAAAGUGAAUGAUUAACAGACA